GUGAGCUUUACGAUUGGAAUUAGGAAGUUCGAAUCCUCCAGGAUGCAAUUUGUCAUUCUGAUAUUAAACUUGCUAUGUUUUAUGAUAGAUGGGUCCCGCAUCUGUUAGGAGCUUUUUCGUGCGAAAAUAAAAAUAAAAGUGUUUUUGCAAAAAGAAAAACAUGACACACGCCUGGUCUACACGGUCGGUCACUGAUAAUGGCCCCACGCCACGUUGUCAUGUCUGGUCAGCAUUACAUGUGUAUUCAAACGAGUUUUGCACCGUAUUUACACGCUUGAGCCAAGUUAUAACAUCAGUUCAAAGUAUGCCGCAAGUUUAGGCACUGAAGUAAUUUUUCUCGCCAAAUUUAAAAACGGGUGGUGUAAUUGACUCAAUUUGAACCUCGUACCACCCUACUACGAGCCGAGCCAUGGCGGAGCUGAUCGCCAUAUCCCUCUCCGCCAAGGUCGCCGCGGCGCUGCUCCGCACGGGCCGCACCACGGCCGUCUUCCUCGCCUCCUUCAUCUCCGUCCGCUCCGGUAUCGCCGCCGCCGCGCGCGACCUCGACCUCCUCCGCGCCUUCCUCCGCUUCGCCGACUCCCGCCGCGGCACCGACGAACUCGUCGACGCAUGGGUCAACCAGGUUCGCCACGUCGGCUUCGAGCUCGAGGACGUCACCGACGAGUAUACCUUUCUCUCGGGCGUCGGCUUCGUCCGUGCCUGCGCUGACGUAGCGGCCCGGUUCGCCCUCCUGAGGCGCCUGCGGAAGGCAAGGGAGAGGCUCCGCGCCCUGUCCGCCGUGAAGGAGCAGCUUGGCAUCCGGCCGGCCGAGGCAUCCGCGUCAAGCUCGGCUCCUGCGGCGGCCGCUAUCUGCCGGAACAUAUCGGAGGCGGCGCACUUCGUGCUGGAAGGGGAAAUCGUCGGUUUUGCCGAGCACACAAGGUUACUGAUGAAAUGGCUAACCGGGGACGCCAACCCCCGGCGGAUAAUAGUGGCCGUCUGCGGGAUGGGCGGUGUUGGCAAGACUACUCUUGCCACUAACGUGUACAAGAAAAUCGCUGCAAACUGCAAUUUCGAUUGCACCGCAUGGGUUACCGUCUCCAAGAACUUCACGACGGAGGACCUCAUGAGGAGAAUCAUCAAGGAACUUCAUCGGGAUGUCCGAGACAGUGCGCUGGGGGACACACAGGAGAUGGACUACCGGUCACUAGUCGAGGCUCUUCGUGGGCAUCUGGCUCACAAGAGGUACUUUCUUUUGCUGGAUGAUGUCUGGAAUGCGGAUGCCUGGUUUCAGCUCCACGGUGCAUUGCUUGAUAGUGAAACCGGGAGCCGAAUAGUCAUCACCACACGCAAUCAAGAAGUGGCUGCUCUGGCAUCAGACAGCAGGACCAUCAUGUUGCAGCCGCUCCGUGAACAUGAAGCAUGGUCUCUAUUUUGUAACACCACAUUCAGGCAAGAUGCGAACCAGGAGUGCCCAUAUCACCUGCAGAAUUGGGCUUUCAAGAUACUGGAGAGAUGUUGUGGUCUGCCAUUGGCGAUCAUAUCGGUCGGAAACCUCCUUCUGUUGAAGGAGAAAACAGAGUUUGCUUGGAAGAACGUCCAUGAUAGCCUUGUGUGGGAUGAAAGAGAUGACCAUGGAAUUGGGCAAGUGGCGAGCGUACUGAAUUUCAGUAUUGAUGACUUACCAUACCGCCAGAAGAGAUGUUUCCUCUAUUGCAGUGUAUACCCUGAGGAUUUCUUUAUCAAAAGGAAGAUUCUUAUCAGAGAGUGGAUUGCCGAAGGUUUGAUAGAGGAAACAGGGCAUGGCACGAUGGAGGAGGUCGCGGAUGGUUACUUGAACGAGCUAGUGCAACGCAACUUGUUGCUUGUCAAGUUGAAAAAUGAGUUUGGGCGUGCAAAGAGGUUACACAUUCACGACCUGAUCAGGGAGAUUGCUGCAUAUAGAUCAAAACAAGAUGGAUUCUUUCAGUUAUCUAAGAGUGCAAGGGUGGACUCCAAACAGAAAAUCCGUUAUCUUACACUUUACCAGUGCCAAAGUGACCGUCAGUCAGCUCCAAAUAUGCCCUCACUUCGCUCCUUCUAUGUGCUUAGAUCAGACCUGGAUGUUGCACUAUUUUCGCGUUUCAGAUUGUUAACUGUGCUAAAUCUAUGGUACGUUAAGGCAAGUAAACUGCCUAGUGCAGUGACCAAUCUUCGUAAUCUGCGGUACCUUGGCGUACGCUCCACCUACAUUGAAGAACUACCGAAAGAACUGGGGAGACUACGUAAUUUGCAAACUUUAGAUGCCAAAUGGUCCAGUAUCAAGGUAUUACCAAGUAGCAUAACCAAACUGAAGAACCUCCGGCACCUGAUAUUAUUUACACGUGGAACCACAGAUUUUAUGGAACCGGAACCUGGUACAGCAGUUUCUCUUCCAGAUGGUCUUGAAAAUCUCAAAUGCCUGCAGACUCUUAAAUAUGUUCAAGCUGAUCAGAAGGUGGUCAGAUCCUUAGAAAGCUUGGAACAGAUGAGGAGCUUAGAGCUAUCUGGAGUAGACCAGAGAAUUCUUAUCAAUUUGCCCUCAGCACUAUCCAAAAUGAGCUGCCUUCUGCGCUUGGGAAUAACCAAUUCUGAUGCUAAUGUAACAUUGGACUUGGAGCCAUUUUCUCCAGCACCAGUGAAGCUAAAAACCCUCAACUUAACUGGGAAGUUGGCAAGGGGUAAGCUACCAUCGUGGUUCAGUUCUCUUACCAACCUCAUACAUUUGCAUUUGCGUUCAUCUGAACUUGGAGAAGAUUCAAUUGUGCUACUCUCGUCACUUCCCAGGCUGUUUAGUCUCAUCAACGCAUGCAACGAGAGAAGCUUGACCUUUGCGGCAGGUUGUUUUCCAGUCCUUAGACAACUAAACCUACAGGGAUUGCCUAACCUUACCAGCAUAGAAUUUCAAAAGGACAGCCUAGCAGAUCUACGUCUGCUGACGCUUGGUCUAUGUCUUGAACUCACCGAGAUACCCCAAAGCAUUGAGAACCUCAUACAUCUGGAAAAUGUGGAGUUGUUUCAGAUGCCAAGUAAGCUCAUAGAGAAGAUACCAUAUGGGAAAGGUUACGGGGCAAAUCAUCAAGAUGGUCAGCGCACUACAGUUGUGAAGAACUUCUUCUGGCAUAAUGCACGAUUGUUGGAGCAAAAAAUUUAUAUCAACCUAUCAAAUGUUCAAGAGUCAUUCAAGACGGAUGCAGUCACAUUGCCAGUGGGGUCAGUCAACUCGUCAAAGUUUCACAAAUGGCUUUAGGGGAUAUCUGCCCAAUGCUUAAGGCGCCAUGGUGGUGAUUCACUCUAACUAAAUAUCCUAGAAAUGGUCUAAGGCCUACUUUGACUUCAAUAUGGGGCCCACAGCUUCGAAAAGAUGGGGCUACUUUGGGGAUACGGCAAAACUCUGCAUUUUACUACCUGGUGCAGCAUUGGUGCUUGUCUAAUGGAUUUCUGAUCAGACGCGUGCAAAACGAUCAAGGUUGUCGGAGAAGUUUGGCUGGUACAAUUUUCCUCUGCUAAAUUGGCAUCUCCAUGCAUGUGGAACAGUUCACAGCCAGGACUAGAAAAUUUGCCUAAUCAUGACUUGUGACUGAUGGAUUCUUGGCAAGAGCGAAAGGAUCUGAUGCAGAGACAAUGAUCUGCUGGGGGUACGACCGACUUCGGUGCAGGUGAAGAACUCACGCCGUGUAUGCGACGCAGCUGUUCAUGUCUCACGACGGUGACCGAUGGGUGAGCAGCUAAGACUGCCAGGACGUUUCACACCUCCUCUGGAUGGGAGAUCUGACGUCGGAAAUCUUGGAGAUGGAUCAUACGUGAUGGUGAAGUUGCUUAGGUUAGGCAGUACAAAAUGCUUCAAGUGAGAUGAAGAUUUGUUCCUUUUUUCGCGAAUACGCAAAGCUUGUGUAUCAUUCAUUGAUAGGUAGAAGAAGAGUACAAGGUGGUGGUGUUACACUCAGGAACUCGUACACGCUAUGGGGCGAGAGAGAGAACACCUAAGCAGCAGAGAGAAGGGGCUGCUAAAACCCUAGCUAGGCUAAUUAACCGGUGUCGAUGAUGAAGAUUUGUUUCCAAAAGAAGAGUAUAAAUUUGUGCUCUUUCAAAACGUAUUGCGUAACCAUUGAUUUUUUUCGAAUAGGCCUAACGUAUUGAUUCAUGUGUUCUUUUGUACUGCCAUGAUAUUUGAUGAAUAGAGAUCAAAAGUUUUCCCAUAAAAAAAAGGCCUUAGCAGGUAAGCAAUCACAUGUGUUGCUAGAAUUCCGAGGAGGAGGA